AAAAACACAAAAACGCAAAGAAGAAAAGAAAAAAAAUGAACGCUCGAUCAUCUCAUAAGACGGUUAUUAAUAGCGAUGACGACAAUGAUGGCAAGCAUCUUAUUCGUCAACCUCGUCCCGUGAAUGAUAUUUCAAUGCUUAUAAAAAUGAUGACGACAAUGAUCAACCACAAUCAACGUGGUGGUGCUGGUGCUGGUCGUUCCCAAUUGACUACUAACCUUAAUCGUUCUCCUGUUGUGGACUAUUCAGACAGUAGUACCGAUGAUGAAGGGCUGACGCAGCACUACUACGGGAAGAUAAAACACUUUAGCCAUCCGCACAACUUGAACAAGUACAACUUCCAACAACACUCCAAAACUAACUGCAAAGUGUGCGGGCUCCAACUUGUUGGGUCGGGUUACGGUUGUGAAAAUUGUCGAUUUUAUGUGCAUGCAUCGUGCUUCGAUCUUCCACAGAAGAUCCAGCAUGAUGCACAUCCAGCACACCCUCUGACACUUCGUUACCCGUCCUACUACAAGCACUGCGGUAAGACAUGUGACGCUUGUUCUGAAGACAUUGAGCAAAGUUUUCUCUACUGCUGUGAUAUAUGCCAUUUUGAUCUUCAUGUCACUUGUACCACAUUGUACAGCAUCGUGAAGAGGCCUGAUGCAUCGACUUUUCGACUUUAUUACACGUUUCCUACGGGUGAUAGUUAUGUUCGGCGAUAUUGCAACGUUUGUUACAAGAAGGUGUCUAAGGAAGGUUGGUUGUAUUAUAACAAGGAUUCUAGUGAUGUUGCACAUAUCAACUGUGCUAAGGGUAAACUUGAACCUUCUUGGAUUAAAGAGAGACUUAAUAUGCUUAAAAUCAAGUAAAUCAAAGUGUGUGUGUAUAUAUAUAUAUAUGCAGCUAUAGAAAUUUGAAAAAAUAAAAUAAAAAUAGGUGUGUGCUAAUUUGGUGGCCCUGUAAUGAGGCAUAGGUUGUCUAAGAAAAUAAGUGCUAAGUUUCGUAUUGUAUAAAUCAAAAGAAAACGACAGAUCUUUCUCGUUCAGCAUCUAAAGCGCGCUAUGCUCUGCUUCAAGGAAAAUGUUCAGUGAUAUCGGUGAACCACGCGAGGAGCUAGUAAUACCUGCAAGCGCCACUACCUUAGUGGAAGUAAAGGAGCCUAAAUCGACCCCUUUUUACCCCUACAAUUGUCACUAUAUGUCUAAAUGUGAUGAGAUAACAAAAAAAAAAUAUGGCGACGAUCUUAACUAGUCAGCUGUUAUUAAUUUGUACUAAUAAUAAGCUGUGUGUGUUUAUUAAGUAAGUCUUCUGUUGUUAUAUUUUUAUUUUUUUGGGUACAUAUUUUUAAAAUUUGAAGUUCUCUCGGAGGAAAAGAAGUUAAAUAAUAUACUUGUCUUUGUUGUA